AUGAUCAAUGGAUUGGAGUGGAGUGGAGAGAAGUGGAGUGGAGUGGAGUGGAGAGAAGUGCAGUGGAGUGGAGAGAAGGGGAGAGAAGCGGAGUGGAGUGGAGAGAAAUGGAGUGGAGAUAAGUGGAGUGGAGUGGAGAGAAGAGGAGAGGAGCAGAGUGGAGUGGAGUGGAGCGGAGAGAAGUGGAGUGGAGAAAAUGGAGUGGAGUGGAGUGGAGAGAAGUGGAGCGGAGUGGAGAGAAGUAGAGUGGAGUGGAGAGAAGUGGAGUGGAGUGGAGAGAAGGGGAGAGGAGUGGAGCAGAGAGAAGUGGAGUGGAGUGGAGUGGAGCGGAGUGGGGCAGGGCGGAGUGGAGUGGAGUGGAGUGGAGUGGAGAGAAGAGGAGAGGAGCAGAGUUGA